AUGGUAAAGAAGCUUCCAGAAACACCGAUAAAGCGUAAACGAAACGAGGACCAUAUCCCCUGCAUCGACGGCGAAGGAAUCUACCGUAAAACGUUACCCGUACCGCCGCUAACCCAUCCUUCAAAACGCUGGUCCGAUUCGUUACCAUCCAAUGAGCGUGUUUUCUAUCAUCAAACUUUGAGUUUGGUUUCGAAUGGACUACGCAUCCUGGAGGCACUGUCUGCGACCGGGUUGCGAAGCAUUCGGUACGCGAAGGAAAUACCCGGUGUGAAGGAAAUUAUGGCAAACGAUCUAUCUAAAUCAGCGGUGGAAUCGAUCGAACAGAAUGUGAAACACAAUCAAAUAGAGCAUCUGGUCAAGCCGAGCUUUAAUGAUGCAAUGACGCUGAUGUACAUGUCAACCAAACCGGAGCAACACUUUACGGCGAUCGAUCUCGAUCCUUAUGGGCAUCCGACGCGAUUUCUCGACGGAGCUGUUCAAUGCAUUGAAGAUGGUGGGUUGCUUCUUAUCACUGCGACCGAUAUGGCUGUUUUGGCCGGUAACUCACCGGAGUCGUGCUACGUAAAGUAUGGAUCAGUCCCGCUCAAAACCAAGGCCUGUCACGAGAUGGCGUUGCGCAUCUUGCUCCGCUGCAUCGAAACAACGGCCACUCGGUAUGGGCGAUACAUGAAGCCCCUGCUUAGCAUAUCGGCUGAUUUUUAUAUACGUGUGUUUGUCCGCAUAUACACCGGGAAAUAUGCUUGCAAAAAGAGCAGCAGCAAGCAAUCGAUGGUGUAUCAGUGUACUGGCUGUGAAGCGCUCACCUUACAACCCCUGGGCGUACUGAAACCAAACCCCACCGAAGCAAACCCUCAGCAGAUAAAGUUUGGAAUCCCAACGGGACCAUUUGUCGGUAGUCGCUGUGAGCAUUGCAAUCAUCAGCAUCACAUGGGAGGUCCAAUAUGGUCCGCACCGUUACACGACGAGGAAUUCCUGGAGGAAUUGCUGGAAACUGUAGAGCAGGAGGACUCAAAACGAUUGACAACGGUCAGACGGAUCUACGGCACAUUGUCUGUCAUCCGCGAGGAACUGCACGAUAUUCCACUUUACUACGCGUUGGACCGAAUGUGUGGCAUACUAAAGCUAGAAUCGAUCGGAAUGCUAACAUUACGAUCCGCUUUGUUACACGCUGGUUAUCGGGUGUCCUACUCUCACGCCAGCCGUACCUCGAUCAAAACCGACGCCCCGAUCAGUGUGCUUUGGGAUAUUCUUCGUUGCUGGCAUAGAUUACACCCGGUGAAGCCGGAUCGGUUCCUUGAGGGAGUCCCACUGACGGCAAUUUUACGAAAGCAACCAUCCCAAGAGUACAACAUCGAAGACAUACACCCGGACGCGAAUCCACCUAGCCGGAAGGAAUCCCUUAGUCGAUUUCCGGAAAAUCCCACCGCCCACUGGGGUCCUGGAACGCGAGCGACACAAAUGGUCACCGAUAAUAAAAUGCUCAAAAGUGCUCAAAACCAGAACAAGCGGAAGCAGAAACGAGCACCAAAAAGUGAGACAAAAGCCCAGGAUAAUGAUGUCAAGGCCGACAGCGAGUCACCGGACAGGAAAGUUCCCAAAACGAUUACUACGGACUGUUGAAAUAGAAGGGAAGGGGUCGAUGCAGUUACUAUGGGAAUGUCGACCCGACCCGGAAGUUCCGUGCGGUCGGUCGGUAUGGUAAUGUUUUAUACCACGUUGACUUGCUGCAUGAGGAAGAAAAAUCGAUUUAACAUAACCUUCCCACAUGCCUAUACACAUUUCACCUUAGUUUU